AGGAUCUUCUUAGGCAAAAAGAAAAGAUUGAUUGGAUUAGGUUAGGUGAUAGUAGCAGUGCCUAUUUUUAUGCUAACCUUAAGAGAAAGUACAAACAAGCUUACAUCAGUAAGAUGAUUGAUAGAGAUGGCAAGAUUCUUAUAGAUAAUGAUCAAAUUGAGAAGGAAGUAUAUACUUUUGACAAAGAUUUGGUUGGGACUUCUACCACCAUGCUUAAGAAAAUUUAUAUUGAGGUAAUGAGGGAAGGGAAUCAAGUGAGCUCAGAAAAUUAUCAGUACCUUAUAUGGCCUGUUUCUGAGAAUGAUAUUCAUCAAGCCCUAAAGAAGAUGAAUGACUUGACAGCCCCUGGUGUUAAUGGGUAUGGUGCCUGUUUCUACAAGACCACUUGGACCAUCGUAAAGACUGAUAUAAUUUUUACAAUUCAGGAUUUUUUUAUGAAUGAUAGAUUAUACAAAGCGAUGAAUAACAUAAUUAUGACUAUUAUUCCAAAUUUUGAAGGAGCUUGCAAGAUAAAAGACUUCAGACCUAUUUCCUGUGUAACUAUAAUGCGAAAACUUUGA